AUGGAGAACCCACGUCUGGGUUAUAAUGUGAAUGCUGCCUCCAUUGUUCCACAGCUGCGCAGAGUGGUGCAGUUUGUCUGUGAGAACACGCUGAUCUGUGAGAGCAUCAAAGAGGCCCGAGCACUGGCCUUCAACAGCCACGAGCGACGCAAGACGGUUGCUCUGGACGGGACCAUGUUUGCUAAGUCGGGGGUGAUUUCCGGAGGCUCCAGUGACCUGCGCAGUAAAGCUCGCUGCUGGGAUGAUGCUGAAGUGAAGGAGCUGAAAGAUCGGAAAGAAGACCUCAAGAAAGAGUUCAGCGAGUUGAUGAAGCUGAGGAGGAAGGAGUCCGAGCUCAGACAGAUCCAGGCCGAGUGUCAUGGAGCUCAGACACGACUAAAGUAUUCAUCUGCAGAUCUGGAGUCAGUGAGAAAGAGGACUCUGCCCAAGAUACAGGCGGACGUCUCCCGUCUGGACAGUGACCUCUCAAACCUGGAGUCUGAGAUCCUGAUGCAGGAGGAGAGUCUGGGGGAGAAACAGCAGCAGCUGGAGUCCAUCCGGGAGCAGAUCCAACAGACGGAGGACGUGGUGUUCGCUGGUUUCUGCGAAGAGAUCGGUGUGGGAAGCAUCCGAGAAUAUGAGCAGGAGGAUCUGAAGUACCACACGGAGCACGACAGGAAGAGGCUGGAGUUUGAAAAUCAACUUGCCCGUCUGAACGCAGUGCUGGAAUAUGAACACAACCAACUACAGGAGCAGAAAAAGAAACUGCAGCAGCUGCAGGAGACGCUGGAGAGACAGCAGCACGCAGUGGAGGAGCUGGACCAGGACGAGGAGAGUCUGUUGUCUGCGGUGGAGGAGGCACAGAACAAACUGCAGGAUGUGAAAAACCAACUUGAGUCAAAGAAAAAGCAGGUUUCCAACGCCAAGACUGAGCUGGAGCUGAAGACACACAGACUGCAGGCCGUAAAGAAAGAGCUGCUGAAGCUGCAGACAGACCUCAUGUCUUUGGAGUCAGAUCUGGAGCAGAGGAGACUCUUCAGACACAACCUGCUGCUGAGCUGCAAGAUCCAGGGACUGAACAUCAGGCUGCUGUCAGGAGACCUGAGCCAUCUGUGCCAGGAGUCGGAGAGCACUCUAUCCACAAUGGAGAUCUAUGAGAGAGAGGCUCAGAUCGACUACUCUGAGCUCCGACAGGACAUCCAGGACGAGCCCGACAUGGAGGGAUGUGUGGAGCGCCUCACAGACUCUGUUCUGAAUCUGGAGGAAGUCCUCGGUCGUACUGCAGCUCCAAACCUCAAAGCUCUGGAGAAGAUGAGGCACGUGAAGGACAAGCUACAGGACAUUGUGGAAGCCUUCGACGCCAGCAGCCGAGUGACGCGCCGCUGCAGUCUGGAGUUUGAGGCGGUGAAGAACCAGCGCUGUCUCCUCUUCACUCAGUGUUUCGAACAUGUAUCUGUGAAGAUCGACCAGAUUUACAAACGCCUGUGCAGGAACAGCAGCGCUCAGGCCAUCCUGAGUGCGGAGAACCCGGAGGAGCCGUAUCUUGGAGGCAUCACUUAUAACUGUGUGGCUCCAGGGAAACGCUUCAUGUCGAUGGACAACCUGUCUGGAGGAGAGAAGGCCGUAGCCGCACUCGCCCUGGUCUUUGCCAUCCACAGCUACCGGCCUGCUCCCUUCCUCAUCUUGGACGAAGUGGACGCAGCGCUGGACAACUCCAACAUCUGGAAAGUGACCAGCUUCAUUCGGGACGAGUCUCGCCACAAUCUGCAGAUCAUCGUCAUCUCUCUGAAGGAGGAGUUCUUCUCCAAAGCCGACGCUCUGCUGGGAGUCUACUCUGAUGUCUCAAACUCUUCCCUGCAGUUGGAUGAGUGGAUGUUCAGUCGCAUUCUGACCCUGGAUUUGCGUCCGUAUCCGCUGACCGACGACGACAGCGAACAGCAAAGCUCACAGGAUGGCCGCCUCCUCGCUACAUUGCCCUCCUCACUCACAUCGCCAUAA